AGGAAAACGCAAUAAACAACGCGGUAGAGAAGAGCGGAGUGACUUCUCCUCCUCCACUUGCAUAGAUACAAAAAGAAAACAUGCAACCCCGACCCUCCUCCUCGACUGCAGCAAGCGUAAAAGUUGAUAAACUCAAAAAAGUACCUGAGAGUAACGUUAAUGUAGUUGAGACCAAAGUAGUACUAAUGAACGUAGAUGAAGGGGCCAUCCCAUCUACUAGACAGCGUCUUCUAAGUCCUGUAUAAUUGCGCAAGCACUAAAGCAAGGGACUUGCUCAUAAGAAAAAUAUGCGCCGCCCAUUCCGUCUGCCCUUCGCGCGUCGCUGCGGCGGACCGUCGUGGCCACGACGAUGACGAAGCUACCCGGCUGACUGGGUUGCUCACCAGGCAACGUGAGUGUCACUUGAGGGGGGUGUAGGUGCGCAGGCACUUACAGUUCGAGCUCAGGUGACGGAAGUUUGCGACACGCAGAAACGAUUUCUAGAAGACCAAAGUGUAGCCAUGCGAGCAGCUGCGUUAAGUCGACAAUCGCAGGGGCCGCCCGAGGACCGCCUCGUCAAGCUGGAAACAGCCAAUCGAUUACUGACUGAAGACAACAAAAGGCUUGUACUUACUUCUAAUGAGACUUUUUUCUAAUUCCGCCCACCCUGAGGCCAACAAGAACAACAAGUUGUAGAAGAAAUUCAAGUUACUUACUCGACGAUGAAUUAAGAAAUUGCCCUAUAAUGUAUGCUCAUGAUGUAGUUACUCCUACCAGCAGAUUGCUCCUGUUGGAAUGAGUAAUCUCAUCAUUCUUGACCUCAAGCUCAAUGUUUGUUCAAACUCUACCCUCAGAACAACCAACUUUUCGUUCUUGACGUUUGUUCAAACCCUCGUGAAUGAAUGAAUGUAGCACGUUGCAGUUCACCAACAGUCCCGUUCAUUGGAGCCCACAACAUUUUUGGGUCCUCCGUAAAUCUGUAGUGCACAUCGGGAGGGGGGUGCCCUUUUCUUGCUCUCUCUUUGUAUGUUCAAACCCUUGUGAGUUGUAUCUCAUCAUUCUUGACCUCAACGUUUUGUUCAACUUGAAACCCUUUCCACAUCAGAACAACGUUUGCGCGCAGUUGCAAUCCGAGCAUGAGUGGAUUGUGCGGAAAUUGGACAGCGAAUGCGCUAAAGUUUCGCAUGUAGAAGAGCUCUAUGAGGAGGUGGAGCGCCUCCAUAAAAAACUCGACGUUCAUCGGAUGAGUGUAUACUUGUUAUUUUUGUUAACUCAACAAGAACAUGAACAAGUAGCGCAAGCAUAAUAUUAUGAUAUUAGUAUUUAUGAUAUAUGCUCCUAGUAGUUGUCUUAUAGAUAUUCUUAUUCUGCGAUGUGGCUGGUGUGGUGUCUAUCUCUACUGAAAUGAAGCUAAAAUAAAUACGGCUUAGCUCCUAGUAGACUUUGGGUAUGUGAGUGCAAGGCCGCUAAUAGUCUUAGAUACAAUUACUAAAUUGUCCAGGUUGUUCGUCGAUGUCUUGAUACCAUGCUCCUAUUGUCGUGUAACUUACUAGAGAAGACUGGAUGACGACAAUGAAAUCGAAUUUUCCACCAGGGGCAGCGCAAGGAUGACUCGCUACAUGGGAGGCUGCAAGAGCUGGAAGAGGGUAAAGGAAAAGGGAAUAUUCUUAUGGCUCAAAAUAUUUCCUUUCUACAUCUCAUUUCUUACUGUCUCCUUCUAAGGAUUCUGAGGCAAUUAGCCAUUGGGCAACUUUGCUCCUGAGUACAUCAGACUAGGACAACUAGGACAUCUCUCGUUCUUAUACCUUACAUCCUUUGAGCUCUAAUAUUCAUGAACGCCUAGAUGACAUGAUGGACAAACUUGCACUGCUGGACGUCGACGAGACGCAGGACGUUUCCCUAGAAGCCCGUUUCAAAAAACUGAAGAGCGAAGUGACCAUGCUCAAACAACAAUACAUGCCGGCAAGCAAGGUACCCAUUGUUUACUUCCAUUCAGAGAUAUAGAAUACUUCAUGGAAAUAAGAGGUGGGUCGUAUACUAGGUUCAUUUGCUCCUUUAACAUUUCCUAGUCAUUUUGCGUAGAUACUCUUUGUUUCUCGAUCAGUCUCAUCAAAUGAUCGUCCUCCGCAACAGGAAAUCCUACUAGUAGCAGAGCACAUGGAACGGGCAAAUGGAAAAUUGAACGACUACUCUCUUCAACUCGAAACACGCCUGAAGCAACUGGAGGAUAGACUAACUGGAUUUGAGAGGCGGCAUGAGGAUGACAUCCUUGCGCAGGUCCGCAAAAAUCUUGGCACCCCAGCAGCGUCUUCAGGUACUUCAUGUUUCAUUUUGAACAAUGGUACUAAAGUUCUUAGAAUUUUUAUUUGCCUCCAUCCCUUUCCCUCAUGAUACAGGAGACGAUUUUUACAAGCUGGUGCAAAUGCUGGAUACGAAGUACAGUAGGCGAAUAGCGAACCUCGAACUACGGAAGGCGAGCACAUUUUUGGCAACAGAUGAAGUGAAGUCAUUCAUAUGAUCAAGAUUGACCUUCAUUUAUCUGUACAAUCUAGACCUGGUUGUUCACCAUCUAGAACUGAUUCUUCUAGGUAAGUGCUUCCUCUCCUUCUGCGAUUCUGGAGAGCGUGGAGAAGUAGAUGACCUAAAUUAGAUAUUUGAUCUGGUCAAAUCCUACCUCUGGAGAAGUAGAUGACCUGGUGAAGUAGUAAUAUUGACAAACCCCAUAAGCAUAAGUUUAAGUACGAGUACACCAUCUUACUUCUACUUUUUACAAAUACAACAAGUACAACUGGCUAGUCCUCCUACUCUCGCUCUCCAAUGGUACAGCCAGCGGCUCACCAACGGGGGCCACUGAUGAUUGGAUGCGCAGGAUGGAGCAGUCAGUGGACGCGAAAAUCGAUUUGUUGACGGAGCGCGUGAAUGACGGAGAGACGGGAACGAACGAGAAUUACGGUUUCCCCUGGUCCAUUUUCAGAAGCAUCCUGGUGGAAGGGCUUUUCAAGGGAAAAAGGGCAUCAGGAUGGACGUGAAGAUGGCUUCGCGCAAGCUCUAAGAGAAACUCGCCGAACUGCUUCGUCGAGUGAACAACAGCCUCGUUCAAGUGCUGAACCGGGACGAAGAGGUUGCCAGUAGCAAGGCAUUGGAGAUGAUGCGAGCUUUGGACACCAGGUUCCAUGGAUUAUUAAGGCUACCGACGUGGAAGCAUGUCCUUAACAGGUUCUGCCUCCUUGGAGGUUCUUUUUCUACUCGUGAUAAGAAAAAACCAUCAAGACAGCACUGAGGGAUGCGAACGCGGUACUUAGCUCUAACAUUCUUGGCCAUCGGCGCAGGCCUCGGCCAGAUAGUAGCCAUGAACAACGGGACUACAGUCUCAACCGCACUACCGUCUUUAGGAAAUGGAGGUGCGGAUGCCGCGAUUGGAGUAGCAUCUGUUGCCGGAGGAAGGUCGUCGAACUACAGCAAUAUCAAUUUCAUGAGCGCCAAGGCUGGCACAACAGCAGGAGGGGCAUCUUCGAGCUCAGCGCGAGCAAGCGUACGGCCAACGGUUUUGUUACGGCCAUACAGGCGAAGGAAGAGUAGUGGGGGCGGUGGUGAUGAGAACAAGACGAAGGUUUUGGUUUUCUUCUUCAUCUAGGCAGUUAGCAUUACAAAACUAACAGUUGGAGUUUUGUCUCCAACAUUAGGGAGUCUUGAGGAUAAGCUUAUAAGUCCUCUAACCUUUCCAGUCGCAGCAGCUGCAGCGGGAGAGGAACGACCAACAAUGAUUCCAAUGGCGUUCAAUAACGAUGGGGAGUUGCAGAGUGAAGGCAUGUUGGUUAUAUCGUCAUCGAGUGAAUCCGAGGCUGCUGCUGAGGCAGCUGCGGCUGUUCGCGAUAUGGCGUAUAGUAGAGAACAUGCAUCCAGUUUUUUCUUUUUUUUAUUUUCUUUCUUUGCUUUCUCUUUUUCCGUCUAGUUUCAGACAACAUGCUCCAGCUCCUGCUGCUGCUCUAUAAAGUUUCUCAUUUUCAAGAAUCAGUUUGAGUUUCAGCAUUCUCUUCUCCUCUUGGACAUCUAAACCUCUCGACCUUACGGCACAGCAUGAAAACAGCGGCUUGAUGAAUUGGUACAUGAAUCAGAACAGUGACACUGAGAGUCAGCUUUUGUUAAGGCUCCCCCGAAUCCAUCUUCGCAAGCAUCUUAGAGACGUUUUCCAUGGGGCUGGCAGCAGUGUCACGAUGGAGAUGGUCAAGGAGGAAACCGUCUCAGGAUCAUGGACUUCGAGGUGGAUUAGGGUCGGGAGCUCUAAGUUCCCAGCGUCCUGCGGGUGGGACUCCGUCAAAGUCCUCUCCGAUCCAACGUUCUGGUGGCGACGGCCACGACCACCAUGCUGCAGCGCAGUCAAACACCGACGAGGAUGAGCAUGAACAGGCCUAUACUUCUAUUAAGGCUACAGAAAGAGUAAUAGGAGAGAACCCACCUGACUUUAACGUAUCUUUGCCUGCAACACCAAGAAGAAACAUGGGGGACGAGCAAAAUUUCCUUGUACCCUUAAAGGAUGAUGCGCCAUGAGGUCAGAGAUGAAUAAUUGCGGGCUCUAAACCUAGUUCAGGACCAGGAGGACCCGCUGCUGGCCUUGCGCAUGGUGGACGUCCUCAGGGCGGCGAAGUUAUGAUGGACGGAUAUGAUGGAAACGACGGCGGGAACGGCGAAAUGACUGACUCGUCGCAACAUCCUAUGGUUUACGCGGAUUCAGAUUCUAGCGGGCCCUACAACGCCCGAAACAGAGGAAAUCCACGGAAUCAGCAACAAGUGUUAUGAGUCCUUAUUAAAAAGGCAGCUACACGAGCUAAAAAAAGAAGAUGUUUCCGCUCUUUUCGAAUCGAAAAAUCGUAACAAAAUUUUUAGUUCACCCAUAGAUGUUGUUACUGUUGCUCUCAAAUUCUGUUCUAGCUUCUGAUUGCUUGACAUUUGUGAAUUUACACAUGUUUUUACAAUCAGCCAAUCUCUAAAACACUUCGAGGCAGCAUCAAGUGUGGGUCAGGGGGCCGUCGCGUCCCUCGAAGUAGUACGAACGAGCACAGGGGAGCAAGGGGAGCGGACACUACUUGGUGGCACCAGUGGCGGGGAAGAAGUCCCAAGUGGACCGCCAGUCGCGUUCUAUCCUGAUAGUAGGGCUCUGGCAUUUAAUACUUGCCCGUUCUUGUUUUUUUUUGCACCUUGUGUUGGUCAACACCAUGACUCCAGGAACUAUAGAGUUAGUGGAAGUAGCACCGUACAUUUAUGUUUUCGGCAGUAGUUCAAAUUCAUCAUGGGAGAAGGAGAGGUUGAAGGACAAGAACUACAAGGACUUUAGUUUUAGUAGAUGUACUAGUUCUUGUCCUCCAACCUCUAGUACUUUAGUACUAGAGUAGUGUCAAGGAGAUUGUAGCAGCAGCUGCUUGAUCCAUUUUAUUCGUACAGGAUUGUUUGCAAGUACUAGUGUCUAUAGUAGGUACAGCAGAAGUCGAAGUGUGUUGCUGGUCUGCUUUUCUCUUCUUCUAAUCGUCACGCAGCUGGUGGUCCUGGAAACGCCACAGAUGACGACGUGGAUCCUCUGCAGUAUCGGGAAAUCCCUGUAGCGCCGCACGUGGACGGUGCCACAUGGCCUACACUAGUUGCAACGAUCCACAGUGACCUCGCGAAACGCAUCGAGGCUUGCCGACUGGAAGUCACGAAGUGCAACCAGAAAAUCGAACAUGCGGAAGCUAACUGCGGCAAAGCCCUGGUCAUAUUCAACAAAUCCCUGUCCAAAGCAGUGCGCCAGAUGCAGGGAGGUGCGGUCUCGUCUUUAUGAUCGUUUGUGUGAUCGUUGCAUGCGAAGAGAGUGUUGAAACAAGUUGAUUUCACCUUGAAGUCAAGUAGGCGAGAAGUAACAGAACGAGUGUGAUCUUUCAUGGGAAGACGAGAGUGACCUCGUUAUUGAGCGAGAAGUAAGAAUUGAUUUCUUUUUAUCAUGUAUGGACAUUUGAUGAAUUUGUUGUUGAGAACAAGUCCUCACAGCUCUAAAAUUCGCAACCGGGGCCACGAGCUCCACAACGAGGACAAGCGCUAGUCCAGCGGCGGUCGCUGCUCAGCAGAGUGCAGUUCCGGCAUCUUCUGUAAUGCCACCGCCCUACAGUGUUAACUCAGUGCCAAAUGCUGGCGCAGCAAGUUACGGAGGCAUGCCGGUGAGUGCGAGUGGACCUUCCCGACUAAGCAAUUCAAACAGCGCUUUGACAGCAGGCAUGAUAGCAAGUAUGGCGACGUCUUCAGUGAUGCUAGAUCAGCAGGUCCGUGGAAUGUCAGGAGUAGCAGGAGCAGCGAAAAAAUCUGUAGUGUUGAACAGUACACCAACUCUAUUCUAUCCGCAUCAUAGCAGCGGCAACAGUUAUACAGGCGCGACGCACAACACGCCAAUUAUACUUGCGUCAACGGGAUCUGGUACCCACACUUAUUGUCUUCAGAUAUUCAGAAGUCUGAAGAACUCAUAUUCUUCAGAUAUUCAGAAGUCUAAGAAGGAGCAAUGGUGAUUUUAAUCUUCAUUCUUUGAAUAUUAAAUCACUGCCAAGCCUGCAACGAAGAUCACCUACCCCUAGCAAGUACUCUGCGAGGGUCACUAAAAACGCGCAUUUCUCAAGGUACAACGAGUCCAGGGAAAGUGGUCAACUUGUCCGGAUCUAACCGGCGGUUUCUACCUCCAACGGUAUUGACUGGAUAAUACGUGCGCUGCAAAUCAUGAUAUCUGUGAACAACAAUAGAGGUGCAGCUAAUUCCUUAGUUCCAUUUACCAGAUGUUUUUGUAAUUCCCGGGACCCGAUGAUUACCAAAUCAUGUACAAACACCACAAACAGACUUCAAAUUCAAACUCAAUGUCGUGAAGAUAACUGAUAACAUAACAAUUCACCAUCUUUAUCGUUUUACUACAGUACUAGCAGGACCACGUAGAGCUUCUUUUUUUCGUAUGAUAGAUAAGGUCAUCUUAGUCUUUUUAGGAUAGGAUAAAGUUUCCUUUUCAUCAAUGAACUAGAAUGUUUUCAUGGAGUGUCCCUGUUUCAAUCAUGAAAAUAUUUUUCGACUCAGACUCUCAUGCAAGAUCAUAAAACUCUGAUGAAGAGAAGUGAUGCACAGAAACGAAAGUGAAAAACUUGCCAGAAACCUUAUGACUAUCAAUCUGUACUACGUGGAUUAUAUUAACCUUUUUAUCUUUAACUACGCAACUGGAAGUGCCAGUGAAGAUGUGAACUUUCUUAUUUCAUCGCUUUUCCGUUUGAUUCAUCAAUAGUUUGACCGAUCGGUACAAAACAAAAUGCGAUUCCUACAUUUCAAAAUGCGUUUUAUCCCAUAUUUUCUGCGAUGGAUUACAACAUUUCAAAAAUUGCUGCGUUCGAGCAACCACAGUUCAAAAGAUGCCGCGUUAUGGUUAUGGUGCUACUCGACAAAUCCUCCUACAGGAGCGGGCAUUGAGACAUGCUAAAGCACGCAGCAACAAAAAUGUAAUCAUUGUUCAUGAUGGACAUGCAAAUGCAUCAUUUACGACUACAUCAUCAUCAAAUUUAUCACUGCCAUGAUUGACAUGAAAGAUAAGAAAAUGUAUCCGUAUGACUACAGCCGUAAGAACG